AAUGAUCAUCUCAUGGAUACGGAUGGUUGUCGUAAUUGAUCCCCAGUUGUGAUAAUUUUGAGAACACCAAAUUUCUCCACACUUCGCUCGGUGCAAUGUCGAAGAAGUACAUUGUUCUUUUCGCACUUGUUCUCUCCGUCAAAUUCCUUCUGGGGCAUCAAGAGAUCGAGAAACCCACCGAAAAUGAUCUUGCGAGAGAAAGUGAAGAUUUGGCACUGAUUAGAAUUACAAUUCAAUCAAUGCAGAAUACAAUCGACAAUCUUAAUGGAAUUUUCAUGCACAACCUUGAGCCGAAACUCAUGGCGAUCUUCACCCAAGGAAACAAUUUGGAUUCCAACAUUAAAACAUUACAGGAAAAGACUCAGAAUUGGCACAUUUUGCAGCAUCACAUUGACGCAUGGUCAGAUCAUAUGAAGGCGAUGGAUAAGAAAAUUGAUUUGCUGAAGCAAAGCCAAGAUAAUGUUCCCUCAUUUGAGAAAAUUAUUGCAGAAUUUGACUUCAAAGUUAAUCAUAUCUUUGAAAAAGUGGACAUUCUAAAUGAGAAAAUGCAUGAAAUGCUCUCAAUUUUGUAUCAUUUCAAAAAUCCAAGUAUGAAGAGUGAUCCAAAUUUGGAAAGUAUAAUAAAAAAUCUAUCAAGAGUGGAGAAUCAGAUAAGAACUCUUGAGAGGCUUGUGAAGCAAAACGUGGCGUACAAUCCUAACAAAAACGUUUCUCAUUUCCCACAAGAACCACCUGAAAAUGUAGAUAUAAAAGAAAUGAAACAAAUCCUGCAGCAUUUGAAAAAUCUCAUGAAGAAGGUGGACAACAUCGCAAACGCUCUUGGCACAUUGUCCAGAAGCAUUUCGAAUGAGAUAAAUGAUGAAAAAUUGACUAAUGAGGAAAGAAACCAGAGUUUGAAGCAAUUAGAUGAGAAAUUGGAAGAUCAAAUCAGCAGUAUUCAGUCUGGUUUUGAUAGAUUCGAAGAGAUUCUGUACAAGAUCCAAAAAAUAAUUGAAGAUAAUCAUGCGGAUUUGAAAAAUUCGUGCAAAGAUAAGAACAUUACAGUGUCGGAAAACGAUAAGGCAGUUAAUAAUGAAUUUCGGCAAGCCUUUAAGGCUUCAUGCCAUGAAUUGGAAGUGAGAAAAAAUGGCGUUUAUCAUUUCGGUCUCUAUGAUCAGCCAAAUGAUAAUGGAAAGUUGUUCAACCGAAGAUUGUGUGAAUUUGCGACAACUGGACCAUCUUGGACUGUUAUUCAGAGGCGAGAAAAUUUUCCUAUCAAUGAAAACUUCAACAGAUCCUGGACAGACUACAAAUACGGAUUUGGUAGCUUGGAAGGUGAAUUCUGGUUUGGCAAUGAUUUUAUCCAUCAACUGACCAAUGAAGAGGAUCAGGAACUUCGUGUGGAACUUGAAGAUUUCGACGGUAAUUUCGUUUGGGCAGAAUAUCAAACAUUUUACGUGGGCCCUGAGGAUUCACUCUAUCGCUUGGAGAUCAAUGCUUACCGUGGAAUUGUCCCAGACUCCCUUCUAUAUCACAAUCUUCAGUAUUUCAGCACUUACGACAGGGAUAAUGACAAGAGCAAUGCAAAUCUUAUUCCCUGCGCUCUGUCAUUUGGAAGCGGUUGGUGGUUUCGUGGCUGCGGAGAAUCUAAUCUCAAUGGAAAGUACUUUAAGGAUCCGAGGAUUGGAAAGUUUACGGGCAUCCUCUGGGAACAUUGGUUGGGAAAUUACUCUCUGAAGUCUUCAAAGAUGCUUAUUAGACCUCGUCAGCAAAAAUGGGAAGACGAAAAUGUGGCCAACAAGACGAAUAAUUCUGAAGAAGAUCCCUAGAUUGUGCAAGUUUCGAAUCAUUACAUCUCAAUAUUGCUUAUUUUAUAAUAAUUUAUUGUACUGCAUUAUUCUUUUUGAGAAAAGAAGUCAAUAAAACGAAAAGU